AUGAAGAAACACAACUGCAGAAUUAAUGUCACUGACGGAGUUUUCAAGUGUGGUGAAGAAGAAAUCUUCAUUCUUGGCGGUGCUUGCGGGAAAGUUGCAUGUGUAAAGAAAGUCAUUAUACCUGGAAGAGCGGAAGCUCGGGUGUUGGUGAAACUACCGACAACUGGAAGGAAAAAGUCAAACAGAUGCGUGUUGAUCGAAGACACACCUACCAAGACAUCGGCGCAAAAACUGAUGACGGCGAGAACCCUUGUUAGUGGAAGCAGUAACGCUGUGGUCAAGGUUUUGAACCUUGAUGAUCGCGACAUCUGCUUGAACAAAGGUGACGUCAUUGGAAAAUGUGAAGAAGUUGUCUGGAUGAAAAAGUGUAGUUCGAUGACAGGCGCAGACUUGGCAAAGAGCAACAACUACGAAUUAGUGACUGAGCUACUCGAUGACUGCAAGAGUAAUCUUACUUAUUCGCAGAGCAUGAAAGCCAAGAAGUUUUUACAGCGCUACGCGAAUAUCUUCUCCAGUCACGAAGGGGACCUUGGAAGAACGUCGGUGGUCCAGCACAGGAUAGAUACCGGAAGCGAGAGACCAAUUCGUCAACGAGCAAGACGGAUACCAAUCGCAAAGGAAAAAGAAGUUGAAGGAAUAAGGUCAGUUAUCUCGGCCAUGUUAUCUCCAGUGAUGGAAUCCAGACAGACCCGGAGAAACUGGAAGCAGUCCAAAAAUGGCCUACCCCUAAGGACAAAACCGAAGUGCGGGCAUUCCUCGGACUGUGCUCAUACUACAGGCGUUUUGUUAAGGGAUUCUCAGAGAUAG